AUGAGCAGCCAGUUUUCGCCGACGCCCAGCAACAAUUUAGUUGUGCUCCUUGUUCUUACGCUAGAGAAGCAUCGAGAGGGCGUGUGGAUUACGCGACUAGUAGAAGAACUUCAUUCUCUGACGGAAAGCAAAGUGAGCGACGGAAGGGAAAUCCAAGUACAGGUUCAGGAUGUGGAGCGUAUCCUACACUGCCAGCCGCCACCAUCGGAGGGAAAUUUCGGAGCACUCUUUAUCAAAAAUGAUGUCGGUACUGAUCCUGUCCUCUGUCAAUAUGAUGGUAUCAUAAAUCGAGUAUCGGAUGCAGCUGAUCCUACUCUUGUAAAGCGCACGUUGGCUUUGCUGCAGACUGCCGUUCUGUUGGGGAUUCCGGUAUUUAACGGCCCCACAUCCUAUAGUCUUGCUGUCAAUAAGUGGUGCCAUCAUGUGCUUUUUCGAAAAGCAGGCCUUGCCACUCCUCCAACGGUUGUGUGGACACCGAUGGCUCAUCCCAAAGAAGGACUUCUCACCUUCGAAGAUGCGACAAAAUUGGUGAGGCACCCGUCACGUGACCUUCAGUCAUUGUCUGCGGAAGCAGUACCAGGAAUCAGGACCACACCGGCAGCAGAGUCAUAUCUGAUUAAACCAAAUGCGGGAGGAUUCGGAGCUGGUAUUGUAAAACUUGACGGGGAUACUCAAAACUACAACGACCGAAGUACCGUUCCACCCGCUCCCGCUGGAGAGGAUCCGACCCGCCUUGUACAAGCCUACCUCGCACCACAAGACGGCUGCAUAUAUCGAGUCUGGUUUUUGUGUGGACGUAUUCAAUGUGCGGCAUCCCGGAAGGUAGGCCAAGACGAAGAGAAUGGCGCAGUUGAAAGUAUGGAGAGUGAGUUUACAACGGGUUGUGUCGGAAUCACUGCAACUUGUAUACGUCCUAGUACUGUAUACAAUGCUAAGUCUGAUACGCGGUUGCCAUUGGUUCAUGUAUCGCCAUUACCUCACUUUAAGCCUUGGGAAGUUCCUUUGGAAAUUCAAGACGAAAUUCAGACGUUGUUACGUUUUGUUCCAGAUGCUCAUGCCGGGUCGGUCGAGUUUCUAAUUUUCAACGAUUUGCGGUAUUACUUCGAUUUCAAUAUGCUUUCUACUUUACCCACUGUCGCUUCUGAUGAGACCAAUGAUGAUAGUGGGAAUGCCAAUACUAAGGGGUGGCCGAGAGGUUUUAAUCCGUGGAAGGAGCUUGCCAAGGCAGUCCAGGACGUGAUCUUGUGCAGAUGA